UCCUGGUCAACUCUUCUUCACUCCUCAAAUCUCAAAUAUCAGAGAGAGAGAGAGAAGGCAAAGGGAAAGAGAAAAGGGGAGAUGGGUGCAUUAACAACGGCACUGAUAGCAAUAGCAGCUGUAAUUCUUGGUUGGAUCACCAUAGAGAUGGCGUGCAAGCCUUGUCUUGAAAAAGGUCGAGAAGCCAUUGAUCAAAAUCUCAAUCCCGAUUAUGACCCGGAUGACCAAGACACUAUCCGGGAACCUUUAACUGCAAACCCACCUCAAGACUCAGAUCCGGAUUCCGCUUCUUCUACUGCCGUCAAAAUUGUCUGAUCAUUUGCUAAAUUUCUUCCCUACUUUCUUUCAUUGUUUUGCCCCCUUUACCAUAAUUUACUUUUUCCGCUUGAUAAUCAUGGAGUCUAAAUAGGGGAAAUAUAGGUGUUUUUGUGUUUUGGGUAUUGGCCUUUUCCCACCUAUUGUAAUAUGUUUUUGAGAAAAAAAUGCUUCAUUGGUUUUUUUUUUUGUUCCUUGUAUAAUGAGAAGAGGAAAUUGACGUAGUUUGUUGAGAAAUUUGGUUAUUGGCUUUGAAGUUGUUUGUUUCUUCAGAUUGUUGACAUUAUAGCAAAUGUAAUGUUUUGGGAUGAUUUAUCUGUUUGAGAUAGUUAUUUUGCUAUGAAAUAAACUCUGUAAAAGCAUAAUAAUAAGUUCCAUUAUAGUUGGUGAGAUGCCUAUAUUCUAAUAGGUUAUCUUCUUCCAUUGUGGUGAA